GGAUUCAGGUCGAUCAGAACACCCAGCAAUACAACAUGUCUUUCCGGGGCCGUGGUACGGGCGCCAAUCGUGGCGGUAGCUUUGGUGGUCGUGGUGGUCGCGGAGGCUUUCAGCAGCCUGUCGGACCCCCGGCGCAGGUUUUGGAGAUGGGAACUGUCAUGCAUGCUUGCGAAGGCGAGAUGGUUUGCGAAUCGAUCAACCCCAAGAUUCCCUACUUUAACGCCCCCAUCUACCUCGAGAACAAAACCCCUAUCGGUAAGGUCGAUGAGGUUCUUGGCCCCAUCAACCAGGUCUACUUCACCGUGAAGCCUCAGGAAGGCAUUGUCGCGACUUCGUUCAAGGCUGGUGACAAGGUCUACAUCGGCGGCGACAAGCUCCUUCCCCUGGAGAAGUUCCUUCCCAAGCCCAAGCCCCCACCGGGAGCUGCCAAGCCCAAGAGAGCCGGCGGUGCCGGUCGUGGCGGUGCUGGUGGACGCGGUGGCCGUGGUGGCUUCGCUCCCAGAGGUCGUGGUGGUCCUCGUGGUGGUGGUCGCGGUGGCUUCUCCAGAGGUGGCGGUGGUGGUGGUUUCGGUGGUGGUCGCGGUGGUGGCCGUGGUGGUUUCUCCAGAGGCGGCGGUGGCGGUGGUUUCGGCGGUGGUCGUGGUGGUUUCUCUCGGGGAGGUGGCAGCGGUGGGUUCCGACGAUAGACAGUGUCUGUCUGACCUAAAGUACUGUCUUAUUACGGCGUUAUGGGAAAACGGGAGCUUCUUGCAGGAAUUUAUUUGUCUCGAUAUUCUUGUGCAUUCUCGGAAAAUUGCUGCUUCUCGAAGUGCAGAGGCUGUGAGCACAAUGCAGCCAUUAGACCCAUGUAUUGCAAUGAUUAUACCUGUUAAUUCUACCUUUGUUUCCC